UAUGCUUAACAUAUUACACAGGGUAGUUAAGCGCGCUGGUUAUUGCUCUUGUUUCCUCGUCACCCCUCCGUUUUUAUAGUGCCCUGAGUUCAAAUUCAAAAAAAUCAUCUCAAACUAAAAUUUUUCAAAAUUCAAAAGUUUUUAUGGUAUUUCUUAAAUCCAUUAUUCUGUUCGUCUGAAGCAUACAGAAUGAAAGUCCGAAUCACUGUUGAACUGCCAGAGCCCUUCAGAAACCUUUCAACCCCUCGAUGACAGCUCUUUCUCGCUUCAAGCAUGCAAUUGCAGAUCAGAUCUGUAGAGCAACGCACUCCAAACCGGAGGAGCUAAUGCAAUUGAUGCGAAUGUCCAAAUCAAGAAAAGAGGGACAUAUUUCUAUCUCAUUACCAAAACUGAACGCUUUCUUAGGAAAUCCAGUUAAGAAUAAGCGUGAUCUCCAGCCAUGGUCAGAAAGUAUGGUUAAAGACUUCCAAUUCUGCAAUAACAGAUUGAUCAACAAGUCUACAAGCACAGAAAAGGACUUGUUUUUCACUUUCAACGAACCAGAAUUUGUUAGACAAGUUUUACAACAAGUAUACCAUGACGACAAAACCUAUGGCUGGUCACAUAUACCUAAACCUUCCUUAACGGAAAAUACUGUUCUCGUCGAUUACAGUUCACCAAAUAUUGCGAAACCUUUCCACGCCGGCCAUUUAAGAAGCACCAUUAUCGGUAAUUUUGUGAAGCGUAUACAUGAAGCAUUAGGUUACCGUGUUAUUGGAAUUAACUAUUUAGGUGAUUGGGGCAAACAGUAUGGACUACUGGCAGUUGGGUUUGAACGUUACGGGGAUGAAAAAUUACUGCUUUCAAAUCCUAUUCAUCAUUUAUAUCAGGUUUAUGUGAAAAUCAACGCGGACGCUUCGAUAAGCGAAGAUAUUAGUAAACAAGCAAACAAAUAUUUUAAAAGAAUGGAAGAAGGUGAUCCAAAGGCAAUACAACAGUGGACGCGCUUCAGAGACAUGAGCAUAAAGUCGUAUACAAGCAUAUACAAACGGCUUAAUAUUGAGUUCGACGUAUAUUCAGGAGAAUCUGAAGUGAACAAUUAUAUACCAAAAGCGUUAGCUAUGCUGAAAGAUCAACACCUAAUUACUCAUACAGAUGACGGUGCCUCAGCAGUAAAUUUAGAGGAGUAUCAAUUAGGUAAUGCAGUGGUACAGCGAGCGGAUGGUACAUCAUUAUACAUAACGCGUGAUUUAGCGAGCAUCCUUCGACGAAAAGAAUUAUAUUCCUUUGCGAAGGCAUUUUACGUCGUUGGAAGAGAGCAAUCUAAUUAUUUCAAGCAAGUGUUCAAAAUAGCGGAGAAAAUGAUUCCUUCUUCAAAAUUGGACCUGCAACAUAUAGGAUUUGGACGAAUUCAAGGAAUGUCGACAAGGAAAGGAUCUGCAGUCUUUCUGCAAGAUAUAUUAGAUACAGCCAAAGAAAGAAUUUUGGAAUACAUGACGCAGGAUUCUGACAAAAGUCAAAUAGAGAAUAUCGACUAUAUAGCCGAUCAAUUAGGUGUUUCAGCUAUAAUGAUCCAAGAUAUGAAGUCCAAAAGGGACAAAAAUUACGAGUUUGCAUGGGAUCGAGUUACGGAUGCGAAGGGUGAUACUGGUGUUUUUCUGCAAUACGCUCAUGCUAGAGCCUGUGGAAUCGAACGAAAAGCCGGAAUAGCUGUUGAUCCUCAAUGCAACUUUGAGUUGCUUAAAGAAAAAGAAGCUAUCGAUCUAGUAGAAUUGAUUGCUCAGUUCCCUGAAACAGUUCAAUCAGCUUUUUCAACUCUAGAACCAUGUACCAUUGUAAACUAUUUAUUUAAAUUGUCACAUGCAACAAGCACAGCAAGCAAAUUUCUCAGAGUGAAAGACAUGGACAUAGAUACCUCAAAGGCGCGUUUGUUGCUAUUUUGGUCAGCUCGUGCCACUCUUAGAAACGGAUUAUAUUUAUUAGGCAUCAAGCCGAUCAAAAAAAUGUAAUAUCAAUAAAGAAGGGGAACGUUCUAAGUACCAUCCCAAACUUUGCGUAGCUUUUUGAGGGCAACGAAGACAUCGAUGGAGAUUGAAAGGGAA